AUGAUGAAAACAAUCCUUCUAGUUAUCUGCUUGGCUUCAAUAAUUCAUUGUACAAUUGUACAUGAAAACUUGGAAGAAAUAAAGAUAUAAGUAGAUGCAUCUAUAAAAUAAGCUGAAUAAAUAGCUGAAGAUGUUCAAAAAAGAAUCUAAUAAGAUUCAAUUGAAUCAGAAAUCUAAUAAGACAAUAAUAAUGAAGAAAGAGAAAUUAUUAAUAAUUAAGAAGAAGUAAAUGAUGCAAAAAAUGAGAGCCAAUCAGAAAUUCAGAAAUAGGAAGAAAUUAAUUAAGAUAUCAAUUAGUCAUAAUCAACAGAAAAUUAAGAUACUGAUAUCACUUAAGGUGAAUCAAUCUAAGAGGUUGAUACUAAUUAAAAUCUUGAUUAAUAAAGUGAAUCAUAGGAAAGUUAAACUUUACAUAAUGACAAUGAAAAUUAAUAAGAAAACGAACUCUGUACAUUAGAAAAUAAGUAAAAUUGUGAAUAAGAGAAUAAUUCAAAUAAUUCUGAGGAGAGUCAAUAAGAGUAAAAUUUGAAUGAAGAUUUAUAAGCAGAAAUAGAUUUGAAUUUAAAUUAAAUUCCAAUAAAUGAUUCAUAAAAAGAAUAGAAUCAAGAAUAAAUUUAAAAUAAUUAAAUUAAUAAUGAAUUAAAUCAAGAAGACUCUAACUAAUAAGAAUAAGUAUAAAAUGAUUUUAACCCUGAUUUAUAAUUUGAAGUGACAUAAGAUGAAUAGGAUGUUUAAAAGAGUUAAUUGAAUAAUGAGUAAGAAUAAGAGGAAGUAUAGACACUUGAGUAAACUUAACAACAUGACUCUUCUGAUCAUAAUAAUGAACAUUCACAUGAUGAUAAUGAACAUACACAUUCACAUGAUGAUAAUGAACAUACACAUACACAUGAUGAACAUUCACAUGAUCAUCAAGAAAAUACAAAAGAAACUACCCAUGAACAUCAUGAAGAUUAACAUGAAAAUACAAAUGAUCAACAUUCACAUGAUCAUCAUCAUUCACAUGAUCAUCAUCAUCAUUCACAUGAUCAUUAACAUGAACACACACAUCAUUAUCAAUAAUAUAAAUAAUAAGAAUAAACAAGUUAAGAUAAAACUAUAUAAGAUGGAUGGAAUGUUUAACUAAAUUAUAUUCCAGAUUAUUAACAACUCAAGCAUAAAUUAAUUAAUUUUUUACAUUAAUUACCAAAAUUAUUAGAAAAAUAACUUCCUAAUUCAAAGCAAGAUUAAGUAAAUUAUAGUGUAGUAAUUGUUUCAUUCCCUUCAUUACCAAUAUUUUUAUUGCUUUUAAUUGUAAUAAUAAUAUAUAAUAAAAUAGACUGUUGGUAUAAGAAAUAGAGGAACAGCCAUUUAAUAUAUGAUUGCAUUUUCAUUUGGAACAAUGUUAGGAGAUGUGUUUUUCCAUAUGCUACCAUAAAUAUUAGGAACUCAUUCUCAUGAUUAACAUGAACAUGAUCAUCAUCAUCAUGAUAAUCAUGAAAAUCCUUAACUUUGUUUAGUUUUGGGAGGAGUCUUAUUAUUUAUGUUUAUUGAUUUGUUUAUUAUUAAAUUAAAGAACUUGAAAGGAAAAAAAGAUGAAUCCCAUGAUCAUCAUGAACACAAUAACUCAGCAAUUAUAUUUUUAUUUGGAGAUUUUCUUCAUAAUUUUACAGAUGGUAUUGCAUUAGCAGCAACUUAUUCUAUAAGUUUAGUUUCUGGUAUUACAACUACAAUAGCUAUUUUUAUGCAUGAGAUUCCUCAUGAAGUUGGUGAUUUUGCCUAUUUACUUAAAUAAGGUAAAUGUGUAUUUGUCAUCCUUUUCACACAAAUUUUAACAUCAUUAGGAUGUUUAGCAGGAGGAUAUGUUGGUAAUUUAUCAUAAUAAAUUUAGGAUUACAUUUUGCAUAAACUUAUUAAUAAGAAUUAUUGUGUUUAACCUGUGGAAGUUUCAUCUAUGUUGCUUUAGUUAAUAUUUUACCAGAAUUGAAAUAAUCAUUCUCAUAUAGACCAAAAUUGGAAAGAUUGAUUAUGAAUCUUCUUUCUGUUGCCUUAGGUUUAUAUCUAAUGAAGCUAGUAGGUUAAUUAGAAUGA